UACAGCGGGAAGAGCGUCCCUGUGGUGGCUCGGCCUUCUCUGCUCUGAGAAGAGGAAGCCAGAGGCUUCGGGAGCGGGAAGUGGUCCAGAAACUGCUCAGGUGUGGAUGUAGGUUGUUGAGCAACAGACAUUCCUGCCUUCUUGAUUCUACACAAAGAUACAGGCUUUAAGGUGAUUGAUGAGGACAGAGUGCCUGAGCUGCGAAGAGACUGAAUUUUGGAAACUACGUCCAGAACUCCACAGUGCGUAUUCAGGUGCUCUUCCCUCAGGCCUGCAGGUGGACAGCAAGAGCAACAGUGAUGAUAGCGUUUGAAGACCUGGCUGUGUACUUUACCUGGGAGGAAUGGCAGAACAUGAACCAAGCUCAGAAAAUCCUGUACAGGGAUGUGAUGCUGGAGACCUACAGCAGCCUGUUCUCCCUGGGGUACUGCAUGACCAAACCUGACUUGAUCUUCAAGUUGGAGCAAGGAGCAGAGCCCUGGAUGGGGGAAGAAUGCCUACAUCAGAGCCUUCCAGUUGCCAUGAAACUGGAUGAACUGAUUAAGACCAACCAGAAAAGUCUGGAGAAAAAUCUGAAUCAGGGUGUUAUGAAAAAUAGUAAGACAUUAACUUCCAAGGGAGUUGAAUUCAGAAAAACACUUAAUUUAAGUUCAAGCCAUAUUCCAAAAUUGAGUAUCAGAAAGAGAAACUAUCCAGAAAUAGAGCAGGCACUUGAACAAAUUGGACAAGGGAAAGUCUUCAAAAGGAAGAAUAUAUUCUGUGAAUCUGAGAAGCUUUUUAUGGUAGAAACCUGUAAUAAGUCAACUGCCACUAUUGGCAAGAUAACUCAAGUACUACAAGAUUUCCAUAAAAAUUCUAACCUCAGUAUACAUCAACAAAGUCCCAAAAGAGAGAAUGUUUAUAAAUAUAUUGGGCCUGUGGGACCUGUCAUUUACCCAUCACAUCUUAGAAUGAAUCAUAGACCAAAUAUAGGGAAGAAAUCUUAUGCAUGUAAAACUUGUGGGAAAUCAUUCAGUAAUAAAUUCUGCCAUGCCCUCCAUCACAGCACUCACAUAGUGGGAAACCCUCAUGUAUGUAAUGAUUGUGGAGAAACCACUCACCAGAAGUCAGAUCUCAUUAGACAUCAGAGAAUUCACAAAAGGUUGAAAUCUUAUAAAUGUAAUGACUGUGGGAAGUUCUUUGGCCAGAAGAAAUACCUCAUAAAUCAUCAGAGAAUCCACACAGGCGAGAAACCUUAUGAAUGUAAUGACUGUGGAAAAACCUUUGGCCAAAAUUCAAACCUCAGAAAGCAUCAGAGAAUUCACACAGGGGAUAAGCGUUAUGAGUGCAAUGACUGUGGGAAAACCUUUAGCCGUAAAGCACACCUCAUAAAUCAUCAGAGAAUUCACACAGGGGAUAAGCCUUAUGAAUGCAAUGACUGUGGAAAAUCCUUUGGCCGGAAAUCAACACUCACAAAUCAUCAGAGAAGUCACACAGGGGAGAAACCUUAUGAAUGCAGUGACUGUGGGAAAACCUUUGGCCGGAAAUCAACACUCACAAAUCAUCAGAGAAUUCACACAGGGGAUAAGCCUUAUGAGUGCAAUGACUGUGGGAAAACCUUUGGCCAUAAGUCACACCUCAUAAAUCAUCAGAGAAUUCACACAGGGGAUAAGCCUUAUGAAUGCAAUGACUGUGGAAAAGCCUUUGGCCAUAAGUCACACCUCAUAAAUCAUCAGAGAAGUCACACAGGGGAGAAACCUUAUGAAUGUAAUCAUUGUGGGAAAGCCUUUGGCCGGAAAUCAAGACUCACAAAUCAUCAGAGAAGUCACACAGGGGAGAAACCUUAUGAAUGCAGUGGCUGUGGAAAAACCUUUGGCCAAAAUUCAAACCUCAGAAAGCAUCAGAGAAUUCACACAGGGGAAAAGAGUUAUGAGUGCACUGACUGUGGGAAAACCUUUGGCCAGAAACCACACCUCAUAAAUCAUCAGAGAAUUCACACAGGGGAUAAGCCUUAUGAAUGCAAUGACUGUGGAAAAUCCUUUGGCCAUAAGUCACACCUCAUAAAUCAUCAGAGAAGUCACACAGGUGAGAAACCUUAUGAAUGUAAUCAUUGUGGAAAAGCCAUUGGCCACAAAUCAACACUCAUAAAUCAUCAGAGAAGUCACACAGGGGAGAAACCUUAUGAAUGCAGUGACUGUGGAAAAACCUUUGGCCAAAAUUCAAACCUCAGAAGGCAUCAGAGAAUUCACACAGGGGAUAAGCGUUAUGAGUGCAAUGACUGUGGGAAAACCUUUAGCCGUAAAGCACACCUCAUAAAUCACCAGAGAAUUCACACAGGGGAGAAACCUUAUGAAUGCAAUUACUGUGGAAAAACCUUUUGCAAGAAUUCACACCUCAUAAAUCAUCAGAGUCACACAGGGGAGAAACCUUAUGAAUGCAAUGACUGUGGAAAAACCUUUGGCCAGAAAUCACAACUCAAAAUGCAUCAGAGAAUUCACACAGGGGAGAAACCUUAUGAAUGUAAUGACUUGAAAAGUCUUUGCUGAGAAUUCAAACCUCACAAAGCAUCAGAGAAUUUGUACUGGGGGGAAACUUUAUGAAUGCAGUGACUGUGGAAAACCUUUGCCAAGAAGUCAAACCUCAGAAACUAUCAGAGACUUCACACCAUGGAGAAAAGUUAUGAAUAAAGUGACUGUGGAAAUGCCUUUGGUUCCAUCCCUGCAUGCCAAGGAUAAAUCCCACUUGGUCUGGCUGGAUGAUCUUCCUGAUGCAUUGUUGGAUUCAAUUGGCCAGAAUUUUUUUUUGCAGAUCUUUGCAUGUAUGUUCAUCAGGGAAAUUGGUCUAUAAUUACUUUCUCUGUUGCACUUUGUUCAGGUUUAGGAAUGAAGGUGAUGCUGGCUUCAUAGAAAGAAUUUGGGAGAAUCGCCUCUCAAUUGUUUUGAAUAACUUGAGAAGAAUUACAGGUAGUUCUUCUUUAAAUGUGUGUAAGAAUUUAGCAGUGAGGCCAUCCAGUCCUGGGAUUUCCUUUGUGGUGAGGGUCUUUAUUACUGAUAUCAUUUCCAUCUGGUUGUGGGUGUGUUUAGGUUUUCUAUAUCUUUGUUGCUCAAUUUAGGUAGGUUUUAUGGAUGUAAAGAUGGUGGAAAGCCUUUUUGCUGUAAUUCAUAACUCAUAAGAUAUCAGAGAAUUCACACAGGGAGUUUUCUACAUGACCUUUUUGUGCAAGUUAUAUCUCAUAAAAUAUUAGAGAAUUCAUCAAGGGGAGAGUAAAUGAAUGUAAUAAAUGUGAAUAAGCCUUUGUGGUGCAAAUCAGACCUCAUCAAACAUAAAAAUUCUCAUGGGGAGAAAUUUUAUGAAUGUAAUGACUCAGAGCCUUUUACCAUAAUUCAGCCCUCAUUGUACAUCAUCAAAUUCAUAUAGGGAAAAACCCCUUUGAAAGUAAAAUCCCUUUAAUUAGAAGCCAUACCUCAUAAGACAACAGGGAAUUCACAUGGGAGAGAAACCUUAUGGGUGUAUUGAGCGUUGGAAAGCUCUGCGCAAAUCUCUCCUUAUAUCAGAAUGCACAACAUAUAUAUCUAAUCUAUGAAAUAAAUGUGAGAAAGCCAUUUCACAUAGGUAAUGCCUCAUAAUCCAUCAUGGAAUUUGAACAAGGGAGAGACCUUAACAAUAUAAUGAAGGCAGAAGAGCUUUUCCAAAAAAUAAAUGUUAAGUAUUGUGACAAAACCUUUUUGGUGGAAAUCACAUCCUAUCCAACAGAGACUCAUGUAAGGGAGAAAGCUUAUAAAUAUUAUUAGUGUGAAAAGGUUGUUUGUCAGAAAUCUAUGGUACAUCAGAGAAUUGACACCGGUGGUUUCUUAGGAGUAUAAUGGUUGUGUGAAAACAUUUUCUUUAUUUCAGGCUUGUAUAGAUAUAGAAUUCACAAAAGUGAUAUUCUUUGCAUGCUGUAAAUAUGAUAAAACCUUUAGCCAGAAAUUAGACAUCAACAGACUUUAGAGAAUUCAUAAGGAACAAUUGUCCAUGCAAUGACUUUGGAAAAACUAUUUCUGCCAUAAAUCAGUUUUCAAUUCCCAUGAACAGACUCACAAAUGAGAAAACAUGCAUGCAUAGAAAAGUUUUGUACCAUAAAUCAUCUCUAGAUGGUAAACCAAUAACUCACACAAAAGAAAAAUCAUGAGUGUAAUGGAAUUGGGAAACCCUUUGCUAUAAGGCAGAUUUCCAGAAAGCUUAGCAAGAUUACAGAAAAGUCUCUGAAAAUGUAACAUGUCUGAAAAUUUGUUGGCAUCACAAAGUGGAGGAAGCUCAAGUGCCUAUGUUUUUGUGACCUGGCAUCCAAAUUGAUAUCACUUUCUCUUUGAUGAAUUCCUUGUUUAUUUCUUUAACAGAUUUAGAGACAAAGGAUUCCUGUCCAUUAAUUUACUACUAAAUUCCCACAAUUGCCAUGGUAAGGGCUAUGGCAAAAGCUGAAUGCUGAGGGCUGUGAAUCUGAUUCAUCACUGAUAAUGCUGAAGAAAUUGGUUCCUGGUUCUAUGCUGCUAUGCAUGGAAAUGUUUUUCUAAUUUCUUUUUCAAAUAGUUCAUUGUUAUAUAAAGAAAUGCUUCUGAUUUUUAAAAUUUUAUUUAAAUAAUUUGUGAUUAAUGUGUACUAGUCAUGCAUUAUUACAGGGUAUAGUGCAAUAUUUGCACACAUUUAUGUAGUAGAAACUGAUCAAGCUAAGCAACUACAGUUUUAUUAAUUUUUUUAAAGAUUUAUCUAUUUGAAAGACAGUUACAGAGAGAAGUAGCUGCAGAGAGAGAGAGUGGUCUUCCUCUGCUGAUUCACUUCCCAGAUGGCCACAAUGGCCAGAGAUCUGCCAAUCUGAUGCCAGGAACCAGGAACUUCUUCCACAUCUCCCACUUGGGUACAGGGGUCCAAGGACUUGGGCCAUCUUCUACUGCUUUCCCAGGCCAUAGCGGAGAGUUGGAUCAGAAGAGGAGCAGCCGGGACUAGAACUGGUGCCCACAUGGGAUGCUGGUGCUUCAGACCAGGGUGUUAACCCACUGUGCCACAGUGCUGGCCCCCAAGCAACUACAGUUUCUAAUUCUUCAUGAUUUGAGACUACCAGCUCCUCUCUUCCAGUUCUUUACACAGAACCUAAUAUGGUUGAAUGUAGUCAUCUCAUUAUAUUAUGGAACACCAGAAGUUCCUUCUGCCUCUUUGUAUUUUGUUACCUAUUAUCCAAUCCUCCUCUAUCCCUAGCUCCUUCCCUUCUCGACCUCUAAUAAUCACAGUUCUGUGUUCAGACCCAUUAUUUUCUUUCACUUCCACAUGUGACAAGGACCAUGUGAUAUUUGUGUUCCUGUUUCUGGCUUAUUUCAAUGAAUUUAAUACUACUUCCUUUUUUGUAUCUAAAUGAUUUUCCAUUGUCCAUUUUUUUUUCAUUGAUGGACAGCUAGAUUGGUUCCAAAUCAUGGCUGCAGUGAACUGUGUUAUAGUGACUGUGUUGUGGAAAAUUGCUGUCUCUUUGAUAUGAUCUUCUCAUUUCCUUAUAAAAUUUUCUUCUUAUAUAUAGCCAAGAGCAAGAUAACUGUCAAAUGGUAGGUCAAUUUUUAUCUUUAUUUUAAAUUUUUGUUAUUUAUUUGAAAGAGUUACAGAGAGGUAGAGACAGACAGAGAGAGGACCUCCAUCAGCUGGUUCAUUCUAUAGAUGACUAGAAAGUCUGGAGCUGUUCCAUUCUGAAGACAGGAGCUUCCUCCAUGUCUCCCACAUGGGUGCAUGGGCCCAAGGACUUGGGCCAUCGUCUACUGCUAUCCCAGGACAUAGCAGAGAGCUGGAUUGGAAGAAGAGCAGCUGGAACCAGAACUGGCACCUAUAUGGAAUGCUAUGCACUUCAGACUAGGGCUUUAACCCACUGCAUGACAAUGCCAACCCCAAUUUUUAUCUUUUUUAAGGAAUGACCAUACUGUUCUCCAUAACAUCUGUACUAAUUUGUGUUUUCACCCACCAUAUAUGAAGGUUUUCUUUUCCCAUAUGCUCUUUAGCAUUUGUUAUUUUUUAUCAUUUUGUUGUAAUGAUGAUAUAAUAUUGUUCAUGUUUUUGUGUAUUUUGAAAUCAGUUAAUUUGUUUAUUAAAUAUUUGUUUAUUUGAAAGGUGGAUUUAUAGAGAGAGAGAGGGAAAGAUGGAGAUAUCUUUCAUCUGAUGGCUCACACCCCAGAGAGUUUCAACAGUUGAGUCUGGGGCAUGCUGAAGUCAAGAGCUUCAUCCAUGUCUCCCACAUGAGUGGCAGGGACCCAAGUCCUUCGUCCAUUUUCUGCUGGUUUCCCAGGUGCUUUCACAGUGAGCUAAAUUGGAAGUGGAGAAUCCUAAACUCAAAGUGGAACUCACGUGAUAUGCUGGCCUCACAGUUUGCAGCUUACUGCACUUAGCCACAAUGCCAGCCUAUCAAUUUAAUUCCUCAAAAAUAGGUCAACUGUGGAGUGAACCAGUGAAUGGAAGACCACUCUCUCUACCUCUCCUUCUCUCUGUGUGUAACUCUGACUUUCAAAUAAAAUAAAUAAAUCUUUAAAAAAUUUUGGCAAAUAGAUGAAGCUAUUUGUUAUACAUUUCAACUAAAUAGCAAACAUACUAGAAAAAUAUAUUGAAUAAAAUUCAAACAACUCAUAAGUAUACACAGAAAUUUCUCACCAUAACAACAUAGCAACCACUAAAUUUCCAAACUUAAUUUUCCACAACUUAUAAUCUUUAACUCCAGAAGGAGUACUAAAUUGACAGAACAGUGGCCUAUGUAUCAGGAUACCUAAUUCUAAUACAGAAUUAUCCCUGCUACAACUUACCUAUGUGACCUUGAACAAUUCCCUUUACUUCUCUGGGCCUUAGCAUUUAGCAUCCUCAUGUGAAAAAGGAGGUUUGGAUAAGAUCAGUUGUACUCAAGAUAGACUUCAAUGAUCUCUCAGUUUUCAAACAGGCACCUUAAGGGAAAGUAAAACUGUAGAUCAAAGGAAAUACUUCAUGGCCUUAUUGUAUGUAUUAGAUUCCAAAGAAAGAGGUCUAGGAACUCCCCUUGUUCUCCACAGAAGACAGACUACGUAUACUGUUCUGAUGUGGAAAAUUGUAUCAAAAAUAUUUCAAUGACUAUUUUUUUACUACUUUCUAUUGGCAUGUUUGAACUAUUGUCCCUCUUUCUAAGCCCUUUGAAAUGGAAGGCACUCCAUCGUUCUUAAACAGUAAAAAGUUCAGUGGCAAUUUCUGUCACCUACAAGGCUACCUAAGAUGACCUCUGAAUUCUCUUCCAGACAAUGGUAAUGUCUUGAUGAUAAAGAUGUUUUCUUGAACAGAAGAACACUUCUUUGGCCUAAGCUUAUGUGCACAGAAAUGAGCUUCCUUAAAUGUGAACAAUCUUGUUCUGGGUAUGGAUCUGUAGUAGAGGAACAAUCAGUAGAGAGAAAGUUUUUGUAUGGCACCAUUAUCCUUAUGUUACUAUGCUGCGUUAUUUGUCCUCCCCUUUGUGAGUCAGUACUAUUAGAGGAGCUGGUACUACCUCUACAGCAAAAUUUUUUCAUGAGAAUUUAGAGAUCCUGCUUAUGUGUCCAGGAAAGCAGUGGCAGAUGGCCCAUGUACUUGGAUCCCUGCCACCCUGUAGGAGACCAGUCCUGGCCAUUUUGGGUAUUUGGGAAGUAAAUCAGAAAAUGGAAAAUCUGUUGCUCUGUCUCUGUACUUCAAUUUUCAUACAGGAAAUUAUCUUGUCAUGAUUACAAGUAAACAUACUCAUAAAAAUGUUCUAGGAGAGGUUCAUCCACUGUAGCUUUUACAAGAUAACAUAUGACGUAUAAAUGACCAAUGUCUUCACUCUCCACCCUCAUCCUACCCAUACAGUGCUUAGCACAAUGAUGUUGAUAUGGAAAUAUCUGAGUUGUGGUUCUUGGCUGUUUAAUCCUAACUUAUUUUGAAAAAUAAUUCAACUUUGAAUGUCCACCUAUAUCUGUUAUACAUUUUUUCCUGUUCAUCACUUAUAAGAAAAAGAGAGGUGAUUAAAAUCAUUCAAGUAGGAGGCGGAGCCAAGAUGGCGGAUAGUGAGGACGUGCACCGAUAGUCUGGAAAAUAAAGUUUCAUAAAAGUGGAAUUACUGUAGCCUCAGGAAAAGAUUCAAGAAAAAAACUGCAGAGGAAACGCUUCCGGAUCUAGUGGAUGUCACACAGAGGAUCUACAAGGAGCAAACCACGUGGAAAUCCAGCCGCGGGACCCGAGCCGCAGAAUCUCCCCAGUGCGGGAACGAACGGGAGGUAAGACAAAAGCCUCAGAAAUACAAGACAUUAGUGGGGAAAGGCAGAGGCCCCUCCCUGCACUUGAGCAAAACAAAGAGCAGGCACCAUUUUACAUAUGUAAAGCGGCAAUGAGUACAUAAACACAGUAACUUUGGGUCUAAGGUGAAACUUGAGAACACAUUGAGGGCUGCAUAAACUCUGUGUGUGGUCCCAGGGGUAGUUCAAACGAAUACUCACAGAGGCCAGAUUUCAAAUACCCUCAAUUCCACUCAGCCAUUCGGAAUUACUUCCCAACUGAGUAAAAAA